UUCCUGUAUAUUUGCCAAACUGGAAAGAAGGUCGCUCGGGGAAGCUGCGUUCUGGGUGUGCCUUCCCAAUCCAGCCAUGAAGCCAUCCAUCUUGACCCGUUUAACCUCCUAUCUUGCUAUUCUUCUCCCAUCCCCCUCUUCCUCGCUAUCUUCCGUUUCGAUAACCUGCGUUAAUACGACUAACUCCUUUCUCCAUUGACUCGAAACAUUCCGUUCAUUUCUCAAUCAUCCUGCAUAUACGAACCAACCCCUAUCCUAUCCACGAUGCGAACGUUCAUUUUUAUCGUCCUUGCCGGCCUUCUAACUGCUGCCGUCGCUCGACCUUUCCAAAGAGAACCGUCCCCAGCAGGUGAUGCUCCUGUGUCGCAGACGUUAUCGUCGCCCUCCACGCUGAUCUUCGAGACAUCGACGUCGACAAUCGUGCCUGAUAGUGCCCUGCCCCUAGGAGAACCAGGCUAUGGUGUCUACUCCUUGCUAGUGACUCAGGCCAAGCUCAAGCCAACCAGCGUGAAGCGUAUCCGUCUUCUGAAACGCCAGGAAUACCAUAUCUUGCCGGAACCCAACGAUCAAGCGGUUCAUACGACGUCCACGUCUAUGAACGGAACAGCGAGUAUUAAUGCCACCCAGUCAACCUCUUCCACAAACUUUACAAAAAGUGUCGAUGAGCCGCCAACGGCAACGCCAGUCAACCUGGUACCGCACUGGAAUACUGAGGAGUACACGACUGCUUUCGCAGUCAUAUUCAUCAUUGUUGUUGUUGUGGCAUUUGUUGUUCUGUUGGCCCUGUACUUCAAGAAGACGAAGAUGUUUUUCCAGCGGCGCAGACGAGAUAAGAAGAGCCUGCUUUCCAAAUACAAUGGUGUCGCCAUUGACGGUGAUGAGGUGUCUUCCACUGCGCCUUUAAAUAAGGAGAGCAAGUCGGACCGGGGCGCUUAUUCGUUCGAAAUCAAUCGCUCGCGUCCACGCUCGCCGCCUCCAGAAUACAUCGUCGAGGAAGAUCCGCAAUUGGGAUCUGUGACUAGGGUUUACCGUGUGUCUAGAACCGAAUACAACAACGGCUUUCCUCGCCGUGUGUCGGCAUUUCAUGAGCGGGAACAGGAAAAUAGACAGGAAAAUGAGGAACAAGAAGAUGUCGUCGACAUAAGCCCACCUACUAUUCCUCCCACUGGCAAGCUUCGCGAGUCUGUUCAGAAACCGGUCCUUAUCGUACCGACCCCUCUGAAUCCUUUGAACCGUGUCAGAUCGUUCUCCGCAACCACGGAACUACAGCAGCACUUGUAUGAGCCCGUUUCACACGGUUCGCAGGAUGAUGGCGACCUUCCUCGAAACUCAACCGCGAAUGAGAGCAGAAUUAUCAGGUAUUCUGAUCCGGGCCCAUAUGGAAAUCCGAAUCGGACGUCUUUCCUACCAAGGAUCCAACGGUCAAGUUCUCCUCUGUUCACUUUCGAUGAUGAAUAAAUUGUCCACUUAUUCCGAGUUCUUUGUUAACGUUUUGGUUCGUGAUUGACGAGGUUGUGUUUAUUUUUAUGUCAUAUGAGUUGUAAUCGGGGAUUGAUUGGGAAUCGCAUUGGGUCUUAUAUAGUUUCUCUCGUUCAUGUUGUUAGUACUAGGAUUUGAUUUGUAGACUUUCCUUUACCUGUUAGGAAUGGUAGAUGGUAUUGAAGUGUUUAUCAAGGA